AUGGCUGGACGACACCCCAUAGGAGGCCAUGGCGGGCCCUCGAACACCACCGACGACCUGCUGCUCGACCUGGACAAUGAGCAGCCCGUCUACAGCGCCGGCCAGCGGUCGGCCUUGAACGACGACGACCUGGCGCGAGCCUACGAGCACGAUCACGACCCGCAGAGCCGCCCGUCGGUGUCGUACGACGACUUCGUCGGCGCCGAGCCGUCGUCAUAUCCCCCAGCAGGGCGCCCGGGCGCGGCGCAGCCAGCGCAGCCGUCGGGGCAGCCGGGCCCGUACCACACGAACCAGUUCAGCCAGUCCUCGGACCUCGACAACUUCCCGCGCUACGCCGACGACUUCGACGACGACGAAAUGUACUACCAGCACGGCGGCGCGUCGGGCGCGGGGCCGGCGUCGGCUGGCAGGGACAAUGCGAGAGCCCGGAACAGCGUGCUGUCGCUGGGAGGCGGCCUCUUUGGCAAGCUGAAGCACCGGCUCGGCAUGGGCCAGGGCUACUCCGAGAUGGAUCUCCCGUUGACGGAGCCGGGCCACGAUCGAGGCGGCCCGAUGGCGGCCUCGCAGCAGCCGGACCAGCAGCCCCCGGGCAAGAAGUCGGGCAACUUCAAGUUUGGCUUUGGCCGCGGCAAGCCAGAUCCCGCGACCCUGGGCCCGAGAAUCAUCCACCUCAACAACCCGCCCGCCAAUGCCGCCAACAAGUACGUUGGCAACCACAUCUCGACGGCCAAGUACAACGUCGCCACGUUCCUCCCCAAGUUCCUCUUCGAGCAGUUCUCCAAGGUCGCCAACAUCUUCUUCCUCUUCACGGCCGCGCUGCAGCAGAUCCCCGGACUGUCGCCCACGAACAAGUACACGACAAUCGGACCCCUGGCCGUCGUGCUCUUGGUUUCUGCCGGUAAGGAAUUGGUGGAGGAUUACCGGAGGAGAGUGGCCGACAAUGCGCUCAACACCUCUACGGCGCGAGUCCUGCGUGGCUCGACCUUUACGGAAACGAAAUGGAAUGCCGUGGCGGUGGGCGACGUGGUCAGGGUCGAGUCUGAGGAGCCGUUCCCGGCCGAUCUGGUGCUUCUGGCAAGUUCCGAGCCCGAGGGUCUCUGUUAUAUCGAGACGGCAAACCUGGACGGCGAGACCAACUUGAAGAUCAAGCAGGCCCUUCCCGAGACGUCGACAUUGGUGUCGCCCAGCGAAGUGAGCCGACUGGGAGGGCGCAUCAAGUCGGAGCAGCCCAACAGCAGUCUGUACACGUACGAAGCGACCCUGAUCAUGCAAGCCGGAGGAGGGGAGAAGGAGCUGGCAUUAAACCCCGAGCAACUGCUCCUUCGAGGUGCCACUCUGAGAAACACCCCUUGGAUCCACGGCAUCGUCGUCUUCACCGGCCACGAGACCAAGCUGAUGCGAAACGCCACCGCGACGCCGAUCAAGCGAACCAAGGUCGAGAGGCAGCUCAACUGGCUCGUGCUCAUGCUGGUCGGCAUGCUGCUGGUGCUCAGCGUCAUCAGUACCGUGGGAGACUUGGUGAUGCGCGGCGCCACUGGCGAUUCGCUUUCGUAUCUCUACCUGGACAAGAUCGACAGCGCUGGAGUGGCGGCUUCGACAUUCUUCAAGGACAUGGUCACGUACUGGGUGCUCUUCUCCGCGUUGGUCCCCAUCUCCCUCUUUGUGACGGUGGAACUGGUCAAGUAUUGGCACGGCAUCCUCAUCAACGACGACCUCGACAUGUACUACGACAAGACGGAUACACCGGCCACUUGCCGAACGUCGAGCUUGGUGGAGGAGCUUGGAAUGGUCGAAUACGUCUUCUCUGACAAGACCGGCACGCUCACGUGCAACAUGAUGGAGUUCAAGCAGUGCUCCAUUGGCGGCGUCAUGUACGCCGAAGAGGUUCCCGAGGACCGGCGAGCGAGCGGCGCGGACGACGAAGAGACGGCCAUUUACGACUUCAAGGCGCUGCAGGCCAACUUGACCCAGGGCCACCAGACCGCGGGCAUGAUUGAUCAUUUCCUCUCGCUGCUCGCUACUUGCCACACGGUCAUUCCCGAGAUGGACGAGAAGGGCCAUAUCAAGUACCAGGCUGCCUCUCCCGACGAGGGUGCCCUGGUGGCCGGAGCCGUCACCAUGGGAUACAAGUUCACUGCGCGGAAACCAAAGUCGGUCAUCAUUGAAGCCAACGGCCGAGAGAUGGAGUACGAGCUGCUGGCCGUCUGCGAGUUCAACUCGACUCGCAAGCGAAUGUCUGCCAUCUUCCGCUGCCCGGACGGAAAGAUUCGAGUCUACUGCAAAGGUGCCGACACCGUCAUUCUCGAGCGACUCAAUGACCAGAACCCCCACGUCGAAAUCACCCUGCGACACCUGGAGGAAUAUGCCUCGGAGGGGCUGCGGACGCUCUGCUUGGCCAUGCGCGAAGUGCCGGAGCAGGAGUACCGUGAGUGGCGCCAGAUCUUUGACACGGCGGCGACGACUGUGGGCGGCAAUCGAGCGGAGGAGCUGGACAAGGCUGCCGAGGUCAUCGAGCACGACUUUUACCUCCUGGGCGCCACUGCCAUCGAGGACCGCCUGCAAGACGGCGUGCCAGAGACGAUCCACACGCUGCAGCAAGCCAACAUCAAGGUGUGGGUUCUGACGGGAGACCGACAGGAAACGGCCAUCAACAUCGGCAUGAGUUGCAAGCUCCUGAGCGAGGACAUGAUGCUUUUGAUCGUAAACGAAGAGUCGUCUGCCGCGACUCGCGAUAACAUCCAGAAGAAGCUCGAUGCCAUCAGGACGCAGGGCGACGGUACCAUUGAAAUGGAGUCGUUGGCGCUUGUCAUUGACGGCAAGUCCCUGACGUAUGCGCUGGAGAAGGACAUGGAGAAGCUCUUCCUCGAUCUCGCCAUCAUGUGCAAGGCCGUCAUCUGCUGUCGUGUGUCACCCCUGCAGAAGGCCCUGGUCGUCAAGCUCGUCAAGAAGUACCAGAAGCAGUCGAUUCUCCUCGCUAUCGGCGACGGAGCAAACGACGUCUCCAUGAUCCAGGCAGCACACAUUGGCGUCGGCAUCAGCGGUGUCGAAGGCCUGCAGGCUGCUCGGAGUGCCGACGUGGCCAUUGCCCAGUUCAGAUACCUGCGGAAGCUGCUGCUUGUCCACGGCGCGUGGAGCUACCAGCGCGUGAGCAAGACGAUCCUGUUUUCCUUCUACAAGAACAUUGCCCUGUACUUGACGCAGUUCUGGUACACGUUCCAGAACGUCUUCUCCGGCCAGGUCAUUUACGAAUCGUGGACGCUGUCCUUCUACAACGUCUUCUACACCGUCCUCCCGCCGCUGGCCAUUGGCAUCCUGGAUCAGUUCAUCUCAGCGCGCCUGCUCGACCGCUACCCCCAGCUCUACAUGAUGGGCCAGCAGAACUCGGCCUUCAAGCUCAAGGUCUUUGCGCAGUGGAUUGCUAACGCCAUCUACCACUCCCUCGUCCUCUACAUCUUUGCCGAGCUCAUCUGGUACAGCGACGUGAUUGACGGCCAGGGGCAGACCGACGGCCACUGGGUGUGGGGAACCGCCCUGUACGGCGCCGUCCUCCUCACCGUGCUAGGCAAGGCAGCCUUGGUGACCAACAACUGGACCAAGUACCAUGUCAUGGCCAUCCCAGGUAGCAUGGUCAUCUGGUGGGUGUUCAUCGCCGUCUACGGUACCGUCGCACCCAAGGUCAACAUCUCCCCCGAGUAUUUCGGCGUCAUCCCCAAGCUGUACAGCAGCCCCGUCUUCUGGCUGCAGACAUUCGUCCUUGCCUUGCUGUGUCUGUCGCGAGAUAUCGCUUGGAAGUACGCCAAGCGAAUGUACUGGCCGCAGACGUACCACCACAUUCAGGAGAUUCAAAAGUACAACAUUCAGGACUACCGGCCUAGGAUGGAGCAGUUCCAGAAAGCCAUCCGCAAGGUUCGGCAGGUGCAGCGUAUGCGUAAGCAGCGUGGCUAUGCCUUUUCGCAGGCCGACGAGAGCCAGACGCGCGUGCUUCAGGCAUACGACACGACCAAGCACCGAGGCCGAUAUGGAGAAAUGGCGAGCUCAAGACCUAUAGAAGGGAUAUAA